AUGUGCACCUCGCUCGAGCUUGACGAAUCGCAUAGCCAAUGGAUUGUCUUCACGCAGCUCAACGAGUCUGGCCGGUUUGAUCUCGACGCCUGGAACGGUUACCGCGCAGACCGCGCUCGUGUCCUUGACCAUCUCCAACAAAACAACAUCACAGACAAGGUCAUCCUGGCCGGCGACUCGCACGCCAACUGCGUCUUCGACCUCGCCCGUACGCCCCUCUCUUCCCCUCCCUCCACUCGCAACCGCUGUCUUCCACCUCCAGAUCCGAAUGAAACAGCAAGCUACGACCCCGCCACGGGCGACGGCGCGCUAGGCGUCGAGUUCGCCGGAACAGCCGUGACGUCCACAUCAGCGUUCGGCCCCGGCAUAGCGCUCGCCGCCGCCGACCAAAUCAUCACAGCGCUAGUGGCCGCACCGGGCAACGAACAGCCGUGGCAGUGGUCCGAAGAGUCGUACCGCGGCUUCUUCACGUUGACUAUCAAUCCCGGGACGAUGAUGGCCACGUACUAUGCCAUGGAGAACGUCUCGAACGCGAACACGAACAGCUUUGCGGGUGCGCAAUUUGUCGUUAACGCUGGCGAGAAUAAGUCGCAGUGGCCUGUUGCGGGUAGAAGCGUUCAGGCUGGCGUGUUGGAGAGUAGUGUGGUGAACGUGUGGUGA